GAGCUCCUGGGCCAGGAGAUGAAGAAGGAGCCUUACCAUCUGACACAGCUGUCCAAUGAAAGAGUUCUGUGCAACGAUAUCUUGGGACUGAAGCUACCCAAUGACCCCAUCCUGACUCCCAACACCGUCUGCCUGACAUUACCUGGCUUAAGUAAGCGCCAGAUGGGACUCUGUGUGAGGAACCCUGAUGUGACAGCUUCAGCCCUCCAGGGAAUUCAAAUUGCCAUCCAUGAAUGUCAACAUCAACUGAAAGGCCAGCGUUGGAACUGCUCCACUUUGGAGACGAGUGGGAAGGUUCCACAUGACAGUGUCAUCCUAAAGAGAGGUUUUCGUGAGAGUGCCUUUGCCUUUUCAUUGCUGGCUGCAGGUGUCAUGCAUUCAGUGGCUACAGCUUGUAGUCUAGGAAAGCUGCAAGGAUGUGGAUGUGAGUGGAAACGCCGG